GAAGUCUUGUGGUACUCUUUGAUAAAGAGAACUAUUUUCUUUCACAGCUUUUUUAAUUAAUAUCAUAUUUUUCAAGAAACUUUACAGUAUAUUGAUUUAUGUUUGUUCUAUUUGACACAGAAGAAGAAAAGAAGUGAUACUAACCUAAAUUUGAAGGAUCAUUGAGUUGGGUUUUAGAAAAAUACCAAAACUACCCAUAACGAUCAGUGUACUUAUAGCUGUGUAAUAGAAAGAAACAAAUAAUACAGUCAUCAUGGUAAAAGUGUAUGCACUACUGGUACUUUAUAAAGGAGUUAACAGUGGAACAGUAUUGAAGUCAGCUUAUGAUUUGCAGAGUUUCAGUUUCUUUCAAAGGAGUUCUGUACAAGAAUUUAUGAUGUUUGUCAGUAAAACUAUGGUUGAGAGGACACAGGCAGCUUCAAGACAGUCAUUCAAGGAGGGAGAAUACAUGUUACAUGUUUAUGUGAGGGCUGAUAAUCUCGCUGGUGUGCUUAUUUCUGAUCAUGAAUAUCCUAACAGGGUGGCUCACACCCUCAUCACCAAGAUACUUGAUGAAUUUACAGCUGCUGUUCCAGCUAGCAACUGGGCUACAGCCGAUGAGGCUUCAGUUGAUUUUCCAUUAUUACCUCAAUAUUUGGCUAGAUAUCAAAACCCCAAAGAAGCUGAUGCUUUGACAAAGAUUCAAAGUGAAUUGGAUGAAACAAAAAUAAUUUUACAUGACACUAUAAAGGCCGUAUUAGAAAGAGGGGAGAAGCUCGAUGAUAUGGUGGCCAAAUCAGAAAGUUUGACAAUGCACAGUAAACUGUUUUAUAAGACUGCUCGGAAAACGAACAGUUGUUGUAAUUUCUGAGAUAAUAGUAUAUAUGAAAUAAUGUUAUAACUCUUUAAUUUGAUGGCCAUAAUUGUUGCUUCAUGGGUUCAUUUUCUUUCAUGGUGUCUUUUGCUAUACAUUAAACUUGAAGUUUUAUUAAACUUGUGUUAAAUUUAUGGUUUGUUAUAACUUAUAACUUUAAUAUAAUCAAACACAUGUUGCGAGUUGAUAAAUUUUACUAUAGAGUAAUGAAUUGUUAUAACAAAGCUAAUCCUAAAUUAUGGCCAAUGAAUCCAAAAAUUAGGAUCGUGAGGUAUUUGUAACAUUGCACAUUUGCAACUUUUUUACAGAUGACUGAAAGUGAACCCAAAAUGUGCUGAAGCUUCACAGGAAGUUAGUGUUUAUUUCAUGAGUAUUAAUACCAACUACAUAUAUAUUUGUGUUAUGAUAUUUUUACGGCAUGAUUUAAUAAACAGAUUGGUUAUGUGUUAGAUAAUUUAAAUAUUUUUGUUAAUAUUAAUGGUAUAUGUAUCACAGUAAUUUUUUUUCUUUUUGCAAUUCUGAAUGUCAACUAUUAACUACUGUAUCUAUACUCUAUAUUUAUAAGCUUAUGUAUAAUGUCUUGAUUAGUUCUCAAAAAGAUUACAAGCAAUUUGAACUAGUGCUUUAAAUGUAACAGUAAUUGUAUAUCAAAAACCCCAUUAGCCAUAUAAAAAUGGCAGUAUAGAAAGAAUCAUAGGCAGUUUGAAUAGUGUGGAUGCCUUGGUAGAAAAGACUGUCACAAAUGUGUAGAUAAUCUACAGUGUGACAUUUCAACUCAAUGUAUCGAUCUAAUAUAUCAAUCUAAUAUAUUGAUUUGUUUCAUAUUUUCCAAUAAUCUACUUGAC